CUCGCGCAUAUCUUUCUCAUCGUCUCCUGCUGUCUCGCUGCUUUUUACGAGAUCGUCUGCAGUCUUGGCUGUGUCCAGAACAAGAAUAUCCGUUUUCCCGGUUGAGAUCGAAACGCUAGUGGGCAGCUUCGAAUAGCCUAGAUAUUUCCUUAUCGCCCGCCCUUUGCGCACUCGGACAACCUCUUCAACAUGUCCUUACCCUCAGAUUUCCUGUGGGGUUUCGCUACAGCCGCCUACCAGGUAGAGGGCGCUACCCAACAAGAUGGCCGCGGCCCAACCAUCUGGGAUACCUUCUGUGCCAUUCCGGGCAAGAUUGCGGAUGGAACCGACGGCUCAGUUGCUUGCGAUUCAUAUAACAGAACCGCAGAAGACAUUGCUCUUCUGAAGAGGCUGGGCUCUACCUGCUAUCGUUUCUCUUUGUCGUGGGCGAGAAUCAUCCCCCUCGGUGGCCGAAAUGACCCCAUCAACCAAGCUGGUAUCGACCACUAUGUUAAGUUCGUUGAUGACUUACUUGAGGCUGGCAUCGUACCUUUCAUCACACUUCUACAUUGGGAUGUCCCAGAUGAGCUCGACAAGCGAUAUGGUGGCCUCCUAAACAGGCAGGAGUUCCCUCUCGACUUUGAGCACUAUGCUCGUGUCGUCUUCAAGUCAAUCCCCAAGUGUAAAAACUGGAUCACAUUCAACGAGCCCUGGUGCAGUUCAAUCCUUGGAUACAGUACCGGGUUCUUCGCCCCCGGUCACACUUCCAACCGAGCCAAGUCUGCUAUUGGUGACUCUAGCCGAGAGCCUUGGAUUGUUGGUCACAACCUUCUCCUCGCCCAUGGCAGAGCUGUGAAGGUAUAUCGAGAGGAGUUCAAGCCCACUGAUAAGGGCCAGAUUGGUAUUACCCUGAAUGGAGAUUACACAUACCCAUGGGACCCUGAGGACCCAAGAGACGUCGAGGCUGCCAAUCGAAAGAUUGAAUUCGCCAUCUCAUGGUUCGCGGACCCUAUUUACUUUGGCAAAUACCCUGACUCGAUGCGAAAGCAACUUGGCGACCGAUUGCCAGAGUUUACACCCGAAGAGCUAACACUAGUGCACGGUUCUAACGACUUUUACGGCAUGAACCACUACACAGCCGACUACGUUAAGCACGGCGACGGCAACCCAGCUCCAGAGGAUUUCCUCGGCGACUUAUCGACGCACCCUUACAGCAAGAACGGCGACUGCAUAGGACCUGAGACCCAAUCCUUCUGGCUGCGACCAAACCCUGAGGGUUUCCGUGGCCUGAUCAACUGGCUCAGCAAGCGCUACAACUACCCCCCUAUCUACGUGACUGAGAAUGGUACCAGUAUCAAGGGCGAGAACGACCUGAAGGAACCAGAGAUCUUAGAAGACGUGUUCCGAUAUGAAUACUUCCGUGACUACGUCAACGCUAUGGCUAAAGCUGUAAGUGAAGACGGUUGCAACGUUAAGGGCUACAUGGCUUGGUCGCUCAUGGAUAACUUCGAAUGGGCCGAAGGUUAUGAGACCCGAUUUGGUGUUACCUACGUGAACUAUGCGGACGGACAGCAACGGAAAGAGAAGUACAGCGCCAAGAAGAUGAAGGAGGUCUUCGACGCGGUUAUCGAGAAGAAGUAGAUAGACUACCAGGCAGGCGCGGAACCGGGCGGUCCGGGAUAUUCUCUUAUGUGGUCGUCUCUUGUGUAUGUGUGUUAUGAGUCCUCGAUACCUCAGGUAAUAUGGAGUAUAAUCAGGGUUAUUACGGUCAUUUAGGGAAUGAUAAUUCUCGUUCAG